UGUACUGUAAUGUAGGUCCGUAGUCUAUGUUCGUAUUUUUCGUCUAAAUUAACAGUAAGUUAGUCUAUUUAACCAUCGGUACCUACAUGAAAUCUUUGUUAUUUUCUGAACAAAAGUUAUAAUUUUAAGUUACUGUGAACUACCUCGAAGGAUAUUAAGCCUAGGCCUAUUCUUGAAAAUGUUGACAACUAACAGGCAGCGGGUAAUUGAAAUUUACGAUUGUGUUAAACAAUUCCACAGUUUAGAAUCAUUUCCUGGUGAUUUACCUGAUCCUCAACAUCCUUAUCUUUUGCCGACUCUGAGACCAUAUCAGGUCAAAGCUGUGAAUUGGAUGUUGAUGAAAGAAAUCCACCCUACGUAUUAUGAGAGAUUGGAUGGCAAUAGUUCCAAGUCAGAUGCUGCUAUAUUGCUACCAAAGGGAGGUAUUUUAGCUGAGGAAAUGGGAUUAGGAAAAACUGUUGAAGUGAUAUCCUGUAUCCUUUCAAAUCCCAGACAACUAGAUGACGCCAAAGAACGUUUGAAACCAUGUGGUAUAAACGAAGAGCGUGAUAUAAAAAAAGAAGUUUCAGAAAUGGAAAUUGUUGAAAAUGAUGAAAAAUCAACUGUUGAAAUUAAUAGUCAGAGUAUGCAAACGGAAAACCUAAAUGAUGUUAUUGGCAGUAGGCCUAUACCACAGAGUUCUUUAGAAGAAAUGUCAAAAAAUUUAGAAGAUCCUCAUUCUAAAAAGGAAAAUAACGAGGAGCAGAUCAAAGACAGAAAGAAAAGAGGUAGAAAGUCUACAUCUAUUGAUUUGAAUUUAAAAUCAUUGAAAACUGAUGAUGGUACUGCUUCUUUAAAACGUGUCAGAUUUGACAUUCCGGAAGAGGUUCCAAAACCUAGUAAAACUAGAAAAAGAAAAGCAGAAAUUGAAGAGGUAAAAUCUACUGUGGAGUCGAUCAUUGAUGAUGUAAUCGUCAACUACUGCUACAACGGGGUUGCCCCGAAGCCGAAGAGGAGGCGACAAGCUGCUGUCAAGGCGGAGGCUCGUACGACUAAAAUGGUUUUGCAAGCUUGGUACGAAGAGAAACUGGCAGAAAGCAGUGUGGGUAUGCGACGGACUAAGAGGUUCCAAGAGUCAUCAUUCCAGUGUUGUUGUGUGAUGGAUGUGUAUUCAGACAAGGUGGUGGAGUGUCCCAAGUGUGAGACGUGGCAACACUGUGAUUGUGUGGGGUAUGACAAGGACCAUGCGGACUACGAGUAUUGUUGUUUCCGUUGCUGGACCACACUCCCGCCAGUCCCCUCCUGCGGGACGGUCAUUAUCUCUCCUGAGGCUAUAUCACAACAGUGGAUCAGUGAGAUUGAAAAACAUGUGGAUAAAGAGAAGAAGUUGAAAGUGCUUGUGUAUGAGGGAGUGAGAGUUAAUGGGUACAUUCAGCCUCAUGACUUGGCUUCUUACGACAUCAUUGUAACUACAUACGAGGUGCUGAGCAAGGAGCUGAACUACACUAAACCAGUGAGCCGGUCGCUGCGACACGCCAAGCGGUUCUUUGCCCCGACAUCACCGUUGCUGUUUGUCGAGUGGUGGCGUCUGUGUCUGGACGAGGCACAGAUGGUUGAGGGGUCGAGCUGUAGGGCAGCCGAGAUGGCCAAAUUGUUCUCUGCAAUCAACAAGUGGGCAGUCACCGGCACUCCGAUACAGAAGGCCGUCAAUGAUUUGGUUGGAUUGAUGGAGUUCCUGGCGGGUUCACAGUAUCCAGAGUUCCUGGCCCUGAUGCACCAAGACUGGCGCUCCUUGUUACGCCUGGUGCCGCGGAUGUUGUGGCGCUCGCAGAUGAAGGAUGUGUUGGCAGAAGUGGGUGUUCCACCACAGACUGUUGUCACUCACACACUGGACUUCUUCAAGAUAGAGAAGUACUUCUACAAGUGCACUCACACAGAGUGCUCUCAGCAGUUUGUCAACAGAAUAUCCAGGUUUGGAGAUCUCAAUAUUCCUCUCAAGAGUCUAGACCGUAAGCUCAUCAGUAGUGUUCUGAACCCGUUGUUGAAACUACGUCAGGCGUGUUUGCAUCCUCAGGCUGUGAGAGGCAAGUUUGUGUCAUUCAAGAAGACCAUGACGAUGGAUGACUUGGUUGCUCAGAUGGUCACUAAUGCUAAGCUGGACUCUGAACAAGCUUUGCGACAACUGGUAGCUACAUUGAACGGCAUGGGUGCACUACACAUCAUACUGAACCAGUGGGCUGAUGCAGUGAAUGCUUAUCGUACCGUGCUGCAUCUGGAGCAGGAACAUAGCGGGAGGCUCAAGAUAGACUCAUUGCAGAGGAUUCACGCAAUGCACAAUCUAGCAGAGGUGCUGGACGGUGGGUAUGAGGGAGUACCUCCCACAUUGAGGGAUGAAAAACUGAGAGAGGAUGUCAAAGCAUUGGAGCUGCGCUACUUGGGCAAACGGGAGGCUCCGAUCACAGCUACAGAGGCUAGAGUGGACAGUCACGCAGGUAACAUUGCAGCUCACCUAGAUGGAGCCACAGUAGGCUACUCUGAGUGGUGGCUAUACACGCUGGAAUGGACCAUGGACAGGGACGAGCUUCUGACCAGACUCAAGGCAGCCAUACAACAUACAGACGUACGGCAGAAGAACCAGUCCAACAACCUGGCCAACAAGCUCAAAUCGCUGUACAUGGUGAGGCUAGAGCUAGCCAAGUGGCUGGCGGAUAUGGAUCGUGUGAGACUGGAAGUGUGCAACGCAAUGAAGGGUCUCCGCAUGGCUGAUAUUGACGUCAUGGCAUCAGAGGCUCUGUGCUGUCACCUGCCUCAGGCCGCUACCGUGAGGAAUCGAACUAGGUGUGUUUUAUGCAAAGCCGAGAGCGCUUUAAACGCUUAUGAAGCCCUUCUAUUUGAGGAAAGGGUGAUAAAGAAACGUAUCAACAAAAGAGAUCUACCUGGCAGUGAAAAUUGGUCUAAGUAUAGAGAGUUGGACAUCAAGGAAGUGUCACAUUUGGUGGAUGUCAAUCUCAACACAUUUGAGAUAAACUUCAAGGGAGGAUUCAAAGCAUCUCCGUUUGAAAGAAUCCUUAAAGCUCUAGCAACAUACGCAAGACAGAAGCAAGCACCGACAGAGUACACCAAGGAAGCAGCUCAGCACCUCUCACUGUUGGAGAAGAUAAAGAAGGAGUUCUUAGACUUGAACCUGCUAUGGCGACAGAUCUGUGACUUGGUGGAUGCCAAAGAUGAACUUAACAUGUGCAAGAUGCGGCUCAGGCUGCCGUACGCUGGUGAAGACGAAGACAAACGGACAACUGGGGAGAAUCAUCACAUCAUCCAGAUGUACAGGGUUGGGCCGGAGCUGGCAAAAUUAACGACUGAGAAAGCUGUAAACGAAGCACAGCUGAAGAAGAAGAUUGGCACAUUGUGUUACUUGGAGACUCUGCAGAAGGAAGGAGCUCCUGCUGCCAUCUGUCCUGUCUGUCGUAACGAUCUUACAGACAAGUGGUCAGUGCUGCAGUGUGGUCACUGUCUUUGCCUCGACUGUCUGUCUUUCAUCGUCAAGCCGACAACAAUCAACCUGCAGUGUCCUCAGUGUCGUCAGUCAUGCUUGGUCUCUGAGAUCUCGUAUGUUGAAAGCAACACAGACACAGACAUUACGACCAGUGCAGAAGCGACUGAAACUUCACCUGAACAGAGCAAAACGGACAGCGCUGCCAACAAUGUAAAAGAAUCAACUACUAACCCUAGCAAAACUGACAGUGUUGCCAACAAUUCAGGGCAAACUACAAGUGAAAGUAAGAGUGAGAUCUCACCCGACACAACUGCCUCUGUCAGUAUUGCCACUACGAGCCAGCCUGCUCCCCAGAGCAGUGGUGCCACGAGUCAGCCUGCUCCCCAGAGCAGUGGUACCACUACGAGCACAUCUGUCAAGGGCUCCUAUUCCACCAAGGUGGAAGCUGUUGUUGGCCGUACCCUCUCUCUUAUCUGCCAAGAGCCAGAUGUUAAAAUACUUAUUUUCUCAGCAUGGGAAAAAAUGUUGGACCUUUUGGCUGAGGCAUUCCGUGAAAACAACAUCACAUUCCGGCGAAUGAAAGCCAGUAAAGUUAGCCGUCGGCAAUCUAUUAAAGAGUUCAAGGGAGAAGGAGUGACAGCCCUGUUGUUGCCGUUGCGCUCUGGAGGAAAGGGCCUGAAUCUGGUGGAGGCGACUCAUGUGUUCUUGGUGGAACCCAUCCUAAACCCAGCUGAUGAGCUGCAGGCUGUGGGAAGAGUGCACAGGAUAGGACAAACCAGGCCCACAACAGUACAUCGGUUUAUAGUGCGGGAGACGAUAGAGGAGAGAAUAGUUGCUGCUGUGGCGGCUAGUGGAACAGAACAAUGGGCUGAUGAUUGUAUCACACUCCAGCAACUGUUUGACUUGUUCUCCAGCGACUGUGAACUAUCUAUCAACACUAGUCAGCCGGACCCUUCCUCUUCUGUACUCAACGUAGACUCUGAUAGUGACAAUGAGAGCAACAAUGAACAAGAAGGUCUGCGAUUGUCUGAUAGUGAGGAAGAAUGAGACCCUUCAGUAUUAAUUUGUGUGCAUUACAUUAGUUUAUAUUGUCAAUUAAAAUAUUCUGAUGGCUGUGUCAUUGUAUUUGUGUUAAUUGAUUGUAUCGUAUUAUAUUUUUUCACUUAAGUAGAAGCAGUAUUCUCUUAGACAGUAGGAAUAAAUUGUUGAAAGCUUUA